UCUUUGCACUGAGUGUCCGAUAGCACUACACUACAGUUCAUGAUCGCCCAGUCCCGAUAGGACUGUACCGCUAGAUUGAGAAUGCCCAGUGCAAAAACUCAGCGGAGAAUGUAGGAGUGUAACGGACCUGCUAUAUCAAGCCGUAUAUUUUUGUUGUGAUUUCUGUCCUCAGUUUUCUGUUUUCACUUUUGUGGUAUCAACACAAAAUUAUAACAACGCACGGAUAUCGCACUUGAGAUGCUGCAAUGUCCCGAGGAUUGUUCACACGCGUUAAUUUUCUGUGGAUUAUUCUGGUAGUCUCUCUGACGAUAGAGACUCACCGUGUAAAAUGUCACAGCUGUCAUGAAGUUAAAACGGCUUUCCAGGUGCGACAGAUUGGACCGCUGAAAUGGGUACCAGAAACACCUGGAACAGAUGCGGACUUGCAGGUGUGCAAACACCAGGGCCCUUCCUGCUGCACCCGCAAGAUGGAGGAGAGCUACCAGGUGGCCGUACGGAGGGAGACGGUGCAGAACAUCCGCUCCUACAGCUUUGAGCUCAACUACCUGCUGCUGGGCCACGCCACAGCCUUCCAAGACACGUUCCAGUCCCUGAUGACAUUCUCCAUGACCCACAUCAGCUCCCUGUUUGAGAGCUCCUACUCCAGCCUGUCCCUGGAUGCCAGCCCGCUGAUCACGCAGCUCUUCUCCCAGCUCUCGCUUUACGUGCGCGGGGGCAACGCCUCAGUGGAGGCCUCUGUGCACCGGUUCUUCGACGACCUCUUCCCGCUGGUGUACGGGCGCCUGGUGAACCCCGGCGUGGCAGCGAGCCUCACUGGCGAGCGGCUGGACUGCCUGCGCAUGACGCGGCAGGACAUGAACCCGUUCGGCGAGCAGCCGCAGGCGCUGGCACGCGAGCUCGGAGCCGCGCUACGGGCGGGGCGGGCUCUGACGCAGGCGCUGGGUCUGGGCAUGGAGCUGAUGAACGCCACGGACGCCGCCGUGCUGACGCGUGACUGCUCGCGCGCGCUCGCUCGUAUGCAGUACUGCUCCCACUGCCGUGGCCUCACGCUCAUCAAGCCGUGCCCGGGGUACUGCCUGAACGUGCUGCGCGGCUGCCUGGCCAGUCUCACCGAGCUCAACCUGCCCUGGCGUCGCCAUGUGGCACUGCUGGAGGACCUGACCCAUGCCGUGGCCGGACAGCACAGCCUAGAGCUCGCCCUGCUCGGGGUGGAGGGGAAGGUCAACGAUGCCAUCCUCUUAGCGCAGCUGCACGGGCCCAGGCUCGCCGCCACGGUGGAUAAAGUCUGCGGCGCGUCCACAGCCGAGGCACCCAGCUCGCACACACCCACGGAGGGACAGGUGUCCACGGCUACAGCCACGUCCCCCCCAGCUUCGACACCUUUCUCUGAGAGUCCAGAUGUUGAGCUUCGGGGAAGGCUUGCCCACUUAAGAAGCUCCCUCCCUCUGAAACCUUCCAAGAACGAUAAACCUAAAAGUCUGAAAAAGAUAUCUAGGGAGUUUGUGGGCUACAUCCCACGUUAUAAGACCUUCUUCGGGGCGCUGCCAGAGAUGCUGUGCGAGGGGGAGAUGGGGCUGGAGUUCACAUGCUGGAACGGUGACGACGUAGUCGAGAGUUACACGAAGAAGGUGGUGGGGAACGGAGUGCACGCUCAGAGACAGAACCCGGAGCUGAAGGUGCGGGGAGCUGACCCUGCCCUGAUGGAGGUCAAAGACAGACUGGAGCAGUUCAGCCAGGAGAUUGAGGAAAGCAUGCCAGGGCUGGGGCACAGGGAGGCCUGGGUGGAGACGGGCAGUGGCAUCGUAGAGGGCAGUGGCGAGUGUGAUGAUGAAGACGGAUGCCAAGGAUCUGGAGACGGCACAGCCCAUAGGGAGGGCCCUGACGUGUCCGGUGGUGUGGUCCAGCAGGGCAGCUCUCCAGGCUCGUCCCUCCCAGAACGUCCCCCGGUGGUGCGGGUGAGAGGGACGUCAGGAGCCUCAGCGGCUGCCUCCCCACCUUCCCUGCUUGCCACGCUGCUUCUGAUGCUCCUGCUGGUGCCUCAGUGAACCAUGCUCUGACUCACACACACACACACACACACACACACACACACACACACACACCCCACGCUCACAUGCACAUAAUCUCUCUCUUUCACACACACACAAACAAUCUCUCUCUCACACACGCACACAGACACAUAUACAUACACACACUUAUCUGUGGGCAUCUCUCCCGAGGUAGAGCGGGAUGGUCGAGAGGUGUUCUGCAGAUGGUGGACUGGACUGAGAAAGGGGGCUGGGUGGGAGCAUUGGUUGUGUUUAUUUUUGUUGUUGCUUUGGGUACACGUGUGUGUGUGUGUGUUCGCGCACGCGCUCGGGCAGAUUCUCACUUAACCUGCUGCUUAAUCUGGCCUGCUCCUGGUUGGCUUGAGACCGGCAGCCAUUUUUCCCUGGGGCUGUGACAGCCUCCCACUCUCUUUCUGCUUUAAGCACUGUGCACAGCACUCACCCCUGUUCCUCAGCCCUGGUGAGGAUGAGAUGAGCUAUCAGGGC